GCCGCGUGAAAGAAGGACGGGGGGCUUUUAAUUUUCUGUGUCUGGGCGAGUCCGACUCGACUCCCCCGGUCUCCGUAGGAUUCGUUUCCUUCUCUCUUCGCCUCUCCUCUUCAGACGGUCGGACCCCCCUCCUCCCUUUAUAAGCAGCCUGCCGCCCCCGCCGCGGCGGCCCCUCCCUUUCCUGACCCCCCGUCUCUCUCUCUCUCGCCUAGUCGCCCCGUCCAAGAAAGCAGCCUCAUCUCUCUCAUCUGGAGACCCACGCAUCUCCACCUCUCCAAGGAACACACAGAUUCGGAAUCGCAUGGCGGCGGCGGUGGAAGCGGAGCGGGAUCCGGUGGCGGUCCGCGCCGCGCAGAUUCUCGUCAGCCUCCGGUUCCGCAAGCUGCGGGAGCGGCCGAAGUGGCUGCCGGCGCUGGCAGCGGGCGAGCCCUCCUCCUCCGCCUCCUUGCUGGAGGUGCCGGCGGGGUGGGCGGGGCGCCGGCCGCGGAGCCGCGGGGGGCUGCGUGGGUCGCCGGCUCCAUGGAGGAAGGCGCUGCGGGAGAUGGGCCUCGCCGCCGCGGGGGGAUCCGGCGGGGACGAAAGGGAGCGCGCCGCGCCCGCGGAGGCGGCGGCGGCGCCCGGAUCCGGCUCGCCGUCCACGAGCUCCGCCGCCCGCGCGGCGCGCCACGCGGGCGCCAAGGCGCAGGCGGCGGCGGCGCCCGCGCCCGCGCCGGCCAAGGAGUCCAUGAAGGCGUCCAGCCCCGUCACGCCGCUGGACUACGGCGCUGGCGGAUCCGGCGCGUCGUCGAGCGCGGACGACGCGGCGCGCCCGCGGGCCAAGCGGGGGCCGCCCGGCGCGCGCGGAUCCGGCGGCGGCGCCGCCGCGUCGUGCGCCGACGACGACGAGGGCUGCAGCUCGCCGGCGAAGCGGGCGCGGUUGGGGGCGCCCGACGACGGGGAGCCAAUCCCGACGGGGCCGAUUUCGCCGAGCGAAACGCGCGCAUCCAUCGCCAAGGGCCUCGCCUUCGACCUCGACCUCAACCUCCCGCCGCCGGAGGACGACGCCGCCGCUGCUGAUCCAGGGCCGGAUGAAAUUUUGCUGACGAAGAGUUCGCGCUCGUGGGAAUAAACCCAACCCUACGCUCGAGCUGUACAUAAAGAAGGGCUGGCCAGUCGGGAGGAGAGCUGCUAAGGGGAGCGGCCUCCAUAGAUUAUUAUUGCGAUGCGCGAGGCUGAUGAGGAUGAUCAGGAGGCGGCGGUGGUUUUCACCGGAUCCUUCAGGUUAAUUUUAGUCAGCUUUGUUGGUUGCCCGGGGCUGGCGUGUGGCGAACAGUAGGGUUCGCCCAUUGCCCUAUUUAGUUAUGCUCUUCUUUCUUUUUGUGAAUCUGAAUUCGAUUCAACUGAUACGGCGAAGGAACAAGGAUACAUACCUUAUUAAGUUAUUAGUUCGUUUCUUCA